AUGUUGGCUAAUCGGUUAUUGGUGAAAACUGUUCGCAGUCUACCAAAGACCACCCCGAGGUUCUUUUCCACCUUGAACCCUCUGAGAGCUGCGCAAACACAAGAGGACAAUGACUUCUACUCCAUAAGAAAGAAUGGAACUAAUGAGCUGCGUCCAGUUCCACUCGAGUUGGAGUCUGCUUUGGGCUCGUAUGAGGAGUUCGCUAAAGAGGCUCACGAAUACGAGACCUGGAACCUGGCCAACGCGGAUUCCGCAGACUUCCCAACCAGAAAGUCCAAGAUUAGACAUUUCACCCUGAAUUUCGGUCCCCAGCAUCCAGCUGCCCACGGAGUCUUGAGAUUGAUUCUUGAGUUGCACGGUGAAGAAAUCAUCAGGUCUGACCCCCAUGUUGGACUCUUGCACAGAGGUACCGAGAAGUUGAUCGAGUCCAAGACCUACAUGCAAGCGUUGCCCUACUUUGACCGUUUGGACUAUGUUUCCAUGAUGACCAACGAACAGGUGUUUGCACUUGCUGUGGAAAAGCUGUUGAACGUGGAAGUGCCAAUCAGAGCUCAGUACAUCAGGACCAUGUUUGGCGAAAUCACCAGAAUUUUGAACCAUCUGAUGUCUAUUCUGUCCCACGCUAUGGAUGUUGGUGCGUUGACGCCUUUCCUGUGGGGUUUCGAGGAGAGAGAGAAGUUGAUGGAGUUCUACGAGAGAGUGUCGGGCGCCAGAUUGCACAGUGCUUAUGUCAGACCAGGAGGUGUUUCCCAGGAUAUCCCAGCAGGUCUGUUGGACGACAUAUACAUGUGGGCUACUCAGUUUGGUGACAGAAUCGAUGAGACAGAAGAGCUGCUGACUGACAACAGAAUCUGGAAGCAAAGAACCAUCGACAUUGGAGUCGUCACCGCUGAGGAUGCCCUCAACUACGGUCUUUCAGGUGUCAUGCUCAGAGGCUCUGGAAUUCCUUUUGACGUCAGAAAGUCACAGCCAUACGAUGCCUAUGACAAGGUGGAGUUUGACCUGGCCGUUGGAACCAACGGUGACUGUUACGACAGAUAUCUUAUCAGAAUGGCCGAGUUCAGACAAUCGCUGAGAAUCAUCGAGCAAUGUAUCAACGACAUGCCACCUGGACCAAUCAAGGUUGAAGAUUUCAAGGUUGCCCCUCCUGCCAAGUCGCUGAUGAAGGAGGAUAUGGAGGCCCUCAUUCACCACUUCUUGUUGUUCACCAAGGGUUACUCCGUCCCCCAGGGUGAGACCUACACUGCUAUCGAGGCCCCCAAGGGUGAGAUGGGUGUCUACGUCGUGAGUGACGGUAGCGAAAGACCAUACAGAUGUAAGAUCCGCGCUCCUGGUUUUGCCCAUUUGGCUGCGUUCGAUCACAUUUCCAGAGGCCAUUUGCUGCCGGAUGCAGUUGCCAUUAUCGGUACUAUGGAUCUGGUGUUUGGUGAGGUGGACCGUUAA